AUGUCGCUCACAGCACCCUAUGAUAAUGCCAUGCGCCUUGGCCAGGGCUUCAAUACAUACACUCAGGAGAUCCGUAUAGAGAACGCUGUUACCAUCAGGCCAAAGGCACCAGUCACUGCCGCCAAGGUCGCCGCCCCGAAGCCAAUCAAGAAUGGCUCCCUUGCAGUCCCACCCAAGGAUGCGCCUGCUAUCGUAACGCCCCCAGUCACUCCUCCUCCAGCAAACAAGGCAGAGAGCAAGAGCGAGCCAUCUACGCCGACGUCUGCCCCAAAGCGGUCUGCGGAUGCUCAAGCAUUGUCUGAACUUCCAACCAUGGAAGCAUUGCAGGAUCGUGGCAUGCCAUCUCCUGCAGCCUCCAUUAUGGAUAUAGAUGACUCGGUUGAGACAGCAGUCUUCUCGUUGCCGGACAUCGACGGCGCACCGCCGAACCAGACAGUGACGUACAGCACGCGCGCAAUCGACAAUGUCAGUGACAUCAUGGAUGCGCUCAACAUCUCGACAGCCAUGUCCAUCAAGUACGGCACGAUCCACGGCAAUGCAUCUGCUGGAUUCGUGAACGAGAACAAGGUACUCGACUCUCAGCUCAACUACAUCGUCAGCGUCAAGGUCAACAACGAGAACUGCCUGUCCUCCAGUCACACGCACCUCCACAAUGGCGACAUGAUCUUCAACCCGGUUGAAGAGAUGCCGCCGGAGCGCUUCACCGAUGUGUACGGAGACUCUUUCAUCUCGGGGUUCCUGGAGGGCGGCGAGUUCUCGGCCGUCAUUUCCAUCCAGGUGGCGGACCGGUCGCGUCUACGCCGGGUCAAGCAGGCCGUCGACCUGGCGCUGGCCGUCGGGCCAUCGCCGGUUUCGAUCGGGGCCCAGGAGAGCGUCGACAAGGACCACUCCGAGGUGCUGCAGGACACGGAGAUCACCAUCUCCGUCAACUGGACGGGUGGCGGCGACAUCAAGAAGCCCGAGGUGCCGUGGACGCUUAACACGGUCGUCGCUGUCGCCAACGCCUUCCCUUCGAUGGUGGCGAGGAGCAGUUCGAAGACGGCGGCGGUGCUGACGCGGUAUGAGAGCUUGAGGGGCUUUCAGGCGUGGAAGUGGAAGAUGGAGGCGAAGGAGAAGGGGUGGGCCGAGAGGCUGCAGCAGCUGAACUACACGCCAUGCUCCCUAUACACGGCGGAACUUUUCGAUGCGCUCAUGGCUUACAAGAAGCUGUGGAAGAGGAUUGGCGGAAUGCUCAAGGACCCUUCCAAGUGGCAGGCUAGGAAGCCUGUGGUCAAGGUCAAGGCUCUUUCUGAUGGCCACGAUAUCUUGUACGAAUCGCCAACAACGGCACGGAAGGCUUCCGGCUCUGCCCCUGACUCUCCCGCCACUCUGGCAACCAUUGCAUUGGCAGACAUCCCCGAGCGCAAGCACACCUUUGACAUUGAUGAUCCCCACAUCCUCGAGGGUCGCAGCCUAAGGGAGUUGAACAUGGCGCGCGACCCCAUUCCCGUCGACCCCGUUGCUCUCAACGAAGCCAGGCUCCUCUGCCGCCAGGCAAUGACACUGAUCACGGAGGAGGCCGCUCGCCUUGUGUCGCAUCCCGACCUUGCCUACGCCGACUUCAGCAUCAAGACGCAACGGACCAAGCUCAAGCGCCCCAACUACGCUUACCCAGAGGUCCUAGCCGCACGCUUGCCUGUGCCUCUCCGGAAUGACGCCCUCCCCACCGCCUUCCCUUCUUCAGCGGCUGCGCGAUUGACGCAGGCCUUCGCUCGCGGCGACGAACUGCACUGCAUCCUAGUCGGCGACGAGCCGAACCCGAACCGAACCAUCAAGCCAUUCACCUCGCUCGCCAUGGCACCGAGCUCUACUGCAGGAGCCACUCCCAUCGACGGCGUCGUCGCCUCAACUGCACCCGAAAACGCCACCGUCGACGACGACGACGCGCUGCCGCAGCUCGCGCGCCUCAGCUUGCACUCGUACCACCACCACGCCCUCUCCCUGUCCUCCUUCUCCAAGGGCUCCUCGCACGCCAUCGGCGCCAUCGGGUUCCGCUUCAACAACAACAACAGCGGCAGCGGCCCAUCGUACUCGUCGGCCUCGUCGUCCAGCAAGAAGAAGGCCGCCGCUGAGGAAAAGGAAGACGGCUGCACGCACCACGCCGGCUCGCCCUCGUUCCACACGCUGUCGUCGUCGGGCGCGCCGUCGUGGCGCGCGCUCGAGUUGGCGUCGCACGUCGGCCACCCGGCCGUCAACGUCGUGCGCGUCGACGUCUUCUACGCGCCGCGCAGCCACCGCAUCGCUGGAUUGGCUUUUUGGGACGAGUUUGCGGGUAAGCGCGUCGAGCGGCUGGCUUGGAAGCAGUGGGAGGUGGAUGCCGUCGAAGAUGGUGGCCAUGUCGUCGUCGGAGCGCCGGGCGGCCAGCAGCAGCAGUUGCCUGAGGGCAUGGUGUGCGUCAAGCAGGAGCCGCCGAGGGAUGGCGCGCGGUGGGCGUUUGUGGGGUUGUCGGGGGAGUGGGAUGAGAGCGUUUGGGGGAGCGUGUUGACGAGGGUUGGGGCGGUGUGGAGGCGGGUUGAGGAGGAGAGGGGCGAGUUGGAGGUGGAGCUUUGA